AUAGAUGCUCAAGACUGGGCUCUGCGCUUGCAGCCCGGGCGUUUAGCGCCCCGGGCCAAGCCGCCCGCAGGAUUACGGCCUGCGAAGGCAUCCGCGUCCCGUGCUACGGUGGCCGCCCAGGGCCCUGUCCCGUGCGUCCCGCGGUCGUACGCGCUGCUUGGCGCGGCUACUGGAGCCGGAGCUUGUCCUGGUGUGGGGACUCCUGCGCCGCUGUACAGUUAUCCAGUCCCGUGUCGCCGAGGGGUCGGCUUGAGGCUGGCGGAGUGGAGAAGGUUGGAGUUUGGUAUUUGUAGUCUCCGAAUGGCUGGUUUUGUGGGGCCCUGCCCUUGGUGCAGACCCUGGCCAACCGUCUGGGUUCCUGGAGGGUGUUGGAGCUUCUUUCGAUUCUUCUUCCUCGCGCGGGUCAUCUUCCAAUUCUCCCUCGCCCUUUGAACUUACAUUGAAUUUUAUAAAAGAAUGGAAUCAAGUGAUGGCUUUUUCUUUAGAAUUUGAAUAUGGAGGCUUCAGGAACAGAUGAAGUUGACAAACUAAAAACUAAAUUUAUGUCUGCUUGGAACAACAUGAAAUACAGUUGGGUGCUGAAAACAAAGACAUAUUUUAGUAGAAAUUCACCUGUUUUAUUACUUGGGAAAUGUUAUCAUUUUAAAUAUGAAGAUGAAAACAAGAUGUUGCCUGCGAGAUCAGGAUGUACCAUUGAAGAUCAUGUGAUUGCAGGAAAUGUGGAAGAAUUCCGUAAGGAUUUCAUUUCUAGAAUUUGGUUGACCUACAGGGAAGAAUUUCCUCAAAUAGAAGCUUCAGCCUUGACAACAGACUGUGGCUGGGGCUGUACACUGAGAACUGGCCAGAUGCUCUUGGCUCAAGGGCUCAUACUACAUUUUCUUGGCAGAGCUUGGACCUGGCCUGAUGCACUGCAUAUUGAGAAUUCGGACUCUGACUCAUGGACCUCCAACACCGUCAAAAAGCUUACUGCAUCAUUUGAAGCAUCACUUUCAGGGGAAAGAGAACUCAGAACUCCAGAGGUUUCUCUGAAGGGAACAAUCGGGAAGUAUUCCGAUGACCAUGCAGUGCAGAAUGAGAUUUACCACAGGAAAAUCAUCUCUUGGUUUGGAGAUUACCCCAUGGCUGUCUUUGGCUUACAUCGUCUGAUAGAGUUUGGGAAGAAGUCUGGGAAAAAGGCUGGAGAUUGGUAUGGACCAGCUGUGGUCGCUCACAUUUUAAGAAAAGCAGUAGAAGAAGCAAGACAUCCUGAUUUACAAGGAAUAACUAUUUAUGUUGCCCAGGACUGUACAGUUUACAAUUCUGAUGUAAUUGAUAAACAGACUAAUUCUGUGACCUCUGGGGAUGCCAGGGACAAGGCUGUCAUUAUCUUAGUUCCUGUUAGACUGGGUGGAGAAAGAACCAACACUGAUUACCUGGAGUUUGUGAAGGGUGUUUUAAGCCUUGAAUACUGUGUAGGUAUUAUCGGCGGCAAACCUAAACAGUCCUAUUACUUUGCUGGCUUUCAAGAUGACAGUCUGAUUUACAUGGACCCUCAUUACUGCCAGUCUUUUGUAGAUGUCAGCAUAAAGGACUUCCCUCUUGAGACAUUCCACUGUCCUUCUCCUAAAAAGAUGUCAUUUCGGAAAAUGGAUCCUAGUUGUACGAUAGGAUUUUACUGUCGAAACGUCCAGGACUUUGAAAGAGCGUCUGAAGAAAUCACUAAGAUAUUGAAAAUUUCCUCUAAGGAGAAAUAUCCAUUGUUUACUUUUGUAAAUGGCCAUUCCAGAGACUUUGAUUUUACAUCUACUGCAGCCAGUGAAGAAGACCUUUUUUCAGAAGAGGAAAAGAAACGAUUCAAACGAUUUAGCACAGAAGAGUUUGUCCUGCUUUAAGAUGAACACAUUUGUGUUUGAGAAGAACUUGACCACGGUAGAGCCAUGGAGAGUAACAAGUGGCCUGAGAACCUUUGUGGUCAAAUCCUAACUGUGCAUGUCCUUUUAACACUGCACAUUUGAAAAUACCCAGACUGUAAAGAUAUGUUUUCUGAAAGAAACGACUUGAUGGCUCUUGCUUUCCAGAUAAGUAACAACGAUUCUGCAUUCUGCUUCCCAAAGAUGUGCUAACAAAACACUUCCUUACCCAUCAGCCUUCUGGUCCCCAGCUUCUUCCACCUGAGCCCAUUGGUCCCCUGGAGGUUUUAUGAUAUAGAUUCCCUCAAAGAUUGGGAUCACCAAAUUAAUUCUAAAAGCCUGCUUGGUGUUAAUGACAGAGACCAGAGACUGGAUCUUUAGACCUAGCUUCCUGCUGUUAAUGGGACCAGAGGAUGCACUGGGUUUAUGUAUUUAGAUAACUAAAUGGACACGUAAAAUCAAGUAAGCAGGAUUUUAAGGCAAUACUCAAUAAUAUUUUAUAGCAGAUACUCAUUAUGCCUGCUACAGAGUGGUAAGGAAUGAAUAUAAAGCAUUGUGUUUCCUUCCUUCCUUCCUUCCUUCCUUUCUCUUUUCUUUCUUCUCUUUUGGGGAUUGAACCCAGGGCCUUGUACAUGCUAGGCAGGUAUUCUACCUCUGAGCUGUCCAAAAGUGUCCAUUUCCCCCAUGUAUUUAAAAGUUAAGUUGUUAGUACUAUCUAUAUUUAUUUUAAUUAGGUAAAGGAAAUUACAGAAUAGUUGUAGCAUUUUUUCCUAUCUUAAAAGUGAAAUUUAAUAGAAAUUCAAUUUGUUACUCAAUUUUUAAGUCUAAAGAUGAAUACCAAGAAAGAUAGGGAUGCUAUCUGAUUUUGAUCUUUGUAUAAGUGAUGUAAUGGUGUUUAGACUAUUUACAGGUUAAAUCUGCCUUAAGUGUGUUGUGAGUUUACUUAAAGACAAAUUUGUGAUGUAAAAAUAUGAGUUAUUACAUACCAGGAUUAUAAAACAAAUACUUUAAUAAAAACACGAGAACAUAAAAUGCUUUUGUUUUGGCUUUGAUGUUGGAAUUAUUUUAAUUCUCUUAUUGAAAAAAAUCACUAUCUAAAAUGAAUUCUGUUUGUUUCUGAUGAAUGGAAAUAAUGUUGCUUAGUAUGUAUUUUAUGAAGCUCCUGUGUUUCAGUGUGGAAUGAUGACUUAUAAAGAUGUAAAAGUUUGUGUCAUGCA